AGGGAAGGGGGGGAAGUGCAGCAACAACUUCCCUGCAGCAAAAUGGCCUUUUAAACCCUUGACAACAGGAGGCGAAUUCCUCCCCCUGGCAGCAGCGGAAGCGAUGAGUGUUCAGAGGGGAGGUGACUGACUCCUCUCCCUCUCCCCAGAGCAGGAGGCGAGCUUCGCCGGGAGUCCUGCCUGCGCAUCUCGCUCCACCCUGCCCAGGACUUGUCCCCGCUCCGAGCUCCCGCAUUUUCAGCGCGCGGCGGGCAGAGCGGGCAGAGCGAGAGAGCAGCCGCCGCCGCCGGAGCGCAGAGAGAGCGAGCCGGGGGAGGGACCCCGCCGGGCGCCGCUGAGUGCUGGGGGCGCAGCCCUGCCAUGUCCCCGGGGCAGCCGGAGUUGGGCUAAGCGGCUGUGCGCGCAGCGGGGAGAGCUCUUCGGGACCAUGAAGCAGCCAGGGCAGCUCUUCCUCCGCCUGCUGCUCCUGCUCUGCCUCGCCAAGAUCGAACCUGCAGCUGCCUGCUUUGAAGAUUGCAGCUCAGUAAAUGUAAAUGCAAUGAUGACAGAAAUCCAUAUUGACACAUUACCAGAAAACUUUACAAUAAUCAGUGUAACUUUUGCAAAUGGAACACUGUUCCAGAAUUCAUCACUGAACAAUUCAAUAGGAGGUCUUUCACCUGGUGUACAAUACAUUAUCAACAUUCAAAAUGGUACAGAAGCAUGUUGCAAAAACAUUACAACAAUGCCCACUCCAGUGUUUAACAUCGAGGUUUCCAGUGUCAGUACACAUGGAGUAUCUUUAACGUGGGAGAACAAAGAUGCUGCUGCUUCUGAGUACAGUUACAGGAUACUCAUUGAAAAUGAACCUUCAUCUACUAGGAACAUGACAUCCAAUACCACAAAAGCUGUAAUUACAGGCUUAAAUCCCGGUACAUUGUACCAAUUCAAAAUAUUUCCACUUGCAGCAGAUAAGACUGAAGGAUACCCAAAUUCGACGUUGAUUUAUACAAAGCCCAGUCCAGUUUCUGACAUCCAGGCCACAAAUGUCAGCACAGAACAAGUGACCUUAACAUGGAAAAACAAUGACACUGCUGCUCCUAAUUACACAUAUGUGAUAUCCACUGAUGGGAAUGGAAUUUCGCCUACUCAGAACCAAACCUCCCAAAACAAAAAUGCUGUAAUUGGGAGACUACAGCCUGGUACCCUUUAUAACUUCACAGUAGUUCCACUAGCAGCAGAUAACAUGACUAAAGGAGACCCAGAAGUCAAACACAUCUAUACAAUGCCCACUCCAGUGUUUAACAUCGAGGUUUCCAGUGUCAGUACACAUGGAGUAUCUUUAACGUGGGAGAACAAAGAUGCUGCUGCUUCUGAGUACAGUUACAGGAUACUCAUUGAAAAUGAACCUUCAUCUACUAGGAACAUGACAUCCAAUACCACAAAAGCUGUAAUUACAGGCUUAAAUCCCGGUACAUUGUACCAAUUCAAAAUAUUUCCACUUGCAGCAGAUAAGACUGAAGGAUACCCAAAUUCGACGUUGAUUUAUACAAAGCCCAGUCCAGUUUCUGACAUCCAGGCCACAAAUGUCAGCACAGAACAAGUGACCUUAACAUGGAAAAACAAUGACACUGCUGCUCCUAAUUACACAUAUGUGAUAUCCACUGAUGGGAAUGGAAUUUCGCCUACUCAGAACCAAACCUCCCAAAACAAAAAUGCUGUAAUUGGGAGACUACAGCCUGGUACCCUUUAUAACUUCACAGUAGUUCCACUAGCAGCAGAUAACAUGACUAAAGGAGACCCAGAAGUCAAACACAUCUAUACAAUGCCCACUCCAGUGUUUAACAUCGAGGUUUCCAGUGUCAGUACACAUGGAGUAUCUUUAACGUGGGAGAACAAAGAUGCUGCUGCUUCUGAGUACAGUUACAGGAUACUCAUUGAAAAUGAACCUUCAUCUACUAGGAACAUGACAUCCAAUACCACAAAAGCUGUAAUUACAGGCUUAAAUCCCGGUACAUUGUACCAAUUCAAAAUAUUUCCACUUGCAGCAGAUAAGACUGAAGGAUACCCAAAUUCGACGUUGAUUUAUACAAAGCCCAGUCCAGUUUCUGACAUCCAGGCCACAAAUGUCAGCACAGAACAAGUGACCUUAACAUGGAAAAACAAUGACACUGCUGCUCCUAAUUACACAUAUGUGAUAUCCACUGAUGGGAAUGGAAUUUCGCCUACUCAGAACCAAACCUCCCAAAACAAAAAUGCUGUAAUUGGGAGACUACAGCCUGGUACCCUUUAUAACUUCACAGUAGUUCCACUAGCAGCAGAUAACAUGACUAAAGGAGACCCAGAAGUCAAACACAUCUAUACAAAGCCCAGUCCAGUUUCUGACAUCCAGGCCACAAAUAUCAGCACAGAACAAGUGACCUUAACGUGGGAAAACAAUGACACUGCUGCUUCUAAUUACACAUAUGUGAUAUACACUGAUGGGAAUGGAAUUUCUCCUACUCGGAACCAAACCUCCCAAAACAAAAUUGCGGUAAUUGAGGAAUUACAGCCUGGUACCCUUUAUAACUUCACAGUAGUUCCACUAGCAGCGGAUAACGUGACUGAAGGAGACCCAAAAGUCAAAGAGAUCUGUACAGAGCCUGCACCAGUGCCUUCAUUUAACUGUACACCAGUGACUAAAGAGCCUAAGUUAACACUAAAGUGGGAGCGCCCUGCUGGUGACAGUACUGGCUUCAGCAUUAACAUAUUCAAUGAUGCCUGGAGCAACAAAACACUGGUUUUGGCUGAUAGCCUAGAAACAACUGUAACAAAUUUAAAUUAUUCCACCUCCUACAGUGUUAGUAUUAUAACCCGUUCAUGUGAGAAAGACAGCCUUCCAAUGCGAAUAACAUGCGAUACAAGUAUCACUGACCCACCUGCUCCAAUAGAAAAGCCUAUUAUUACGUCAAUCACUCACAACUCCUUUAAAAUUAAGUUCAGUGGGUUUGAGUCAAAAAAUGGACCGCUAAAGGCCUAUGCAAUAGUAAUCACAACAACUAAAGAAGGCAAUAUACCUCCAAGUAGCAGCUUGAACUAUACAUACAAUGACUUCAAGGAAAAUAAAAGAAAAACAUACAUAACAAGUGUCAUAACCGCUACGCAAAUGAGAGCCUUUUCCUCCCGUUCAAAUAGUUCAGAAUAUGUAAUGGAAGUAGGAGAUGCAUCCAAAUCGCAUGCCUAUUCCAAUGGGCCGCUGGAACCACUUGGUUCAUACCGGGCGAGUGUUGCAGGUUUCACUAAAAUUGAAUUUAACAAUGGUGAACUUAUUGUUGAAGAGAGAAGCUAUGUAUCAUUUACACCUUAUUCUCAGGCAAUUAUAUUACUCCAGGAUCCAGGUGUCAUCACUGGAGCCGUUAUUGGGUGUAUUUUGGGUGCUGUGGCUAUAGCUGCUGUAGUGGUAUUCGUUUUCUGGAGACGGAGAAGGAAAGAUGGAAAAAAUAGUGAGCUACCCUUUUCUCCGAUUAGACCCAAGAAAUCCAAGUCAAUUAAAGUUGAAAACUUUGAGUCCUACUUUAAGAAACAGCAAGCUGACUCAAACUGUGGAUUUGCUGAAGAGUAUGAAGAACUCAGGUCGGUGGGCAUUAAUCAGCCUAAAUUUGCAGCUGAACUUACUGAGAACAGAGGGAAAAAUAGGUACAAUAAUGUCUUGCCGUAUGACAUUUCCCGUGUUAAACUUUCAAUCCAAAACCAUCCAACUGAUGAUUAUAUUAAUGCAAAUUAUAUGCCUGGAUACAACUCCAAGAAAGAAUUUAUUGCUGCACAAGGCCCCUUACCCAACACUGUGCAAGACUUUUGGCGCAUGAUUUGGGAAAAAAAUAUCUAUGCUAUUGUUAUGUUGACAAAAUGUGUUGAACAAGGCAGGACCAAAUGUGAGGAAUAUUGGCCAGACAAAGGAUCCAACUAUUACGAUGACAUUACUGUAACGUUGGUCUCAGAGUAUGUCCUUCCAGAAUGGACAAUAAGAGACUUCACAGUGGAAGGCAAUGAUGCAACUGAAAGCCACUCUGUACGCCAGUUCCAUUUCACUUCCUGGCCUGACCAUGGUGUUCCGGAGACAACAGACCUUCUUAUUAACUUUAGACAUCUGGUACAGGAAAACAUUAGACAAAAUCCCCCAGAUUCUCCUACUCUGGUGCACUGCAGUGCUGGUGUUGGCAGGACAGGUACUUUCAUUGCAAUUGACCACCUGAUCCAGCAAAUAGAAAUGGAGAACGCCAGCGAUGUGUAUGGAGUAGUAUAUGAUCUUCGAAUGCAUCGACCUUUAAUGGUACAAACAGAGGACCAGUAUGUCUUCCUAAACCAGUGUGUUUUGGACAUUAUUAAAUCCCAAAGAAACAAAAAAUCAGACCUUAUCUACCAAAACACAACAGCAAUGGCAAUCUAUGAAAAUUUUGGACCAACAGCAGGUUUUGAGAAGGCAAAUGGCUACUAUGCAUAACCAGAGAGGGAAGAAAUGUCACUAGGAGGCCAUUACUGUCCUGCACACAGGAAAACGAAAUGCACUGUUAUUGUACUUGUGUGUACAGUAUCUUUUAUUAUUUUUUCAGUCUUGUAUAUCUAAUUUGAAGAUGCCCUUGUAAAAAUGUCAUUUGGAGUUGUGGAUUAGUAUAAAAAGAAGCUGCAAGUUAACAGAGGAAAUUGCUUUAUCUUGGGAACUUCACAAUACUCGUAGGCAAAACAACAUUUGCAGUACAGACGGUGAAGUAGAUGAUAAAUAUUAAAAAUAACAAAUUACAAAGGCUCUUUUUUAAUUACAGUUUUGUAUGAUUUCAUAUACAGAUACCUGGCUUGUGGGCUGUGGAAUAUAUUUUAUAAAAGUCAGGAACAUAUUUUAUCUGCUGUACCUGGUUACUUAGUUGAUGGAUAUAUGCUUCAUUG